AUGACCUCCGAACAGCAAAUGGAAUAUUGUAGUGAAUGUAAUGCAAUUGCUACAUGGUACUGCGUUCAGGAUAAUGCUAAUUUUUGUGAUCAACAUAAUAAUUUUGCACAUUUACUUAAAUCACAAAAGUUACAUAAAUUUGUCUCUAUUGAUGAAAAAGCUGUUACUAUCGAAAAUCAAACUGCUAAACCAUUGAAUUGUAAAGCUCAUCACAUGCCACUUUCUUUAUAUUGUUUAUUUUGCAAGGAUGUUUGUUGUGUUGCAUGUAUAUCGGUUAAUAAUCAUAAACAACAUAGUGAUCAAGUAAAAUCAGUUGUUGAUGUGGCAAAAGGAGAAAAAAAUAUAUUGAACAAAUAUCUUGAGAAAAUUCGAAAAUUACAGACUACAUUUGCGGAUGAAUUAAGUCAAUUACAACAAGCACUUAAAAAUAUUGACAUUAUUGAAUCAAAAACUAAUCAAGAUAUUGACAAACAAUUUGAUCGGAUUAUGACAUGUGUAGAAAAUAGACGAAAAGUAUUGAAACAACGAUUAAAAGAAACAUCUCAAACAUGUCGCAAUAAUAUGCAUGCGAAACAAGAAGAUCUUAAUAAUAUUAAUUCGAGUUUAAAAAAAUGUUUAGAAGAUGGAAGACACACAUUAACACUCAAUGAUUAUGCUGCAUUGACUCGAUCCAAAGCUAUUAUUGAUAAAAUUAAAAAUCUUGAAAAUGAAAAUGUUGAACACUAUCAUUGUGAUCAUCUAGUUGAUUCUAUUUCAUUUCAUAUCUCGAUUCAAACUAUUCUCGAAAUGAUUGAUACUUCAGGAAUUGUAGGAGAAAUACUUGCACCAUCAUUUGUAAAAGAAAAAUGUAAACUUGGUCGUACCUAUCUCGAAAUUGAAUGGGAAUCAAUUCAAUGUGAACCACCAAUCACAGCUUACAUAUUGGAAAUCUAUCGUGGUUUGGAAACCAAAUAUCAUCUGCAAGGUUUAAAAUCAAAUACAUCUUAUAUAUUUCGUUUGUGUGCAUCUUAUGAGAAACAAAUUGGAAAGACUACUCUACUAUCAUUAAAAACGUUAAAUUUCGACUUAAAUAACUGGACAUUAUCUGUAUCUUCAUCAUACGCACCAUUGAAUGCUGAAAACACACGUGAAUCAUUAUUAGAUGGACUGUUUACAACAGGUGCUGCAACUUCGUACAGCUAUGGUAGUGAAUGGAUCAAAGCUACAUUUUCACGCCCUGUUCCAGUAGCUAGUGUAACAAUUGCACCACUACAUAAAAAUCCUAAAGUAUGGAAUCCACAAAAUGGUAAUUCUGGCACUUUACAAUAUUCUCAUGAUGAUAACAACUGGAUAACAGUUGGAACUAUCGCUUAUGUUGGAAUGCAGCACCAAAAAAUUGAGAUCGAUAACAUAACAGCUCAAUAUUGGCGAUUGUGUCACGAUUGGUGUCUUGGUACAAGCAGUUUUUUGUUCAAAUAA